AGAGGUUCGCCGACCAGACGGCACGGACUUUCUCCGUUGUAGAAUCAGCGAGAUGAAGAGCAGCGCCAACCCGGCAUCAUGCGCUCCAGGCUCCCAAGGACCGCCUGCCUAUUGCGACUCAUUGCACUCUGCAUCCUUCUCUCGCACACCGCAGCUUAUUUCGGGCUGACAGGUCGGGAACCCUUGGUGUUUUUACCAAGCCCGUUCUCCAAUGACCCUCCGUCAGGGAAGGCCCACCUGAAGCAGUGCGAGCAGAUGACCCUGACCAGACGGCAGAAGAGACUGUGCCGCAGGGAGCCCGGUUUGGCCGAGACGCUGCGGGAGUCGGUGCGCCUCAGCCUCCUGGAGUGCCGCUAUCAGUUCAGGAACGAGCGCUGGAACUGCAGUCUGGACGGCCGGGGAAGCCUUCUGAAAAGAGGAUUUAAGGAGACCGCCUUUCUACUGGCAGUGUCUUCAGCUGCACUGACCCAUGCACUAGCCAAAGCAUGCAGCUCAGGACGGAUGGAGAGGUGCACAUGCGAUGACUCCCCCGGACUCCAGCAUCGAGAAGCGUGGCAGUGGGGGGUUUGCGGUGACAACCUGAAAUAUAGCACCAAAUUUCUCAAGAAGUUCCUAGGCCAAAAGAGGGUCAGCAAGGACCUGAGGGCUCAGAUUGACACCCACAACAUCAACGUUGGAAUCCGGGCGGUGAAGAGUGGGCUGAAGACAACCUGCAAGUGUCAUGGGGUCUCUGGUUCUUGUGCGGUACGGACUUGCUGGAAGCAGCUGUCUCCUUUCCACGACACCGGACGGCUGCUCAAGUUCCGCUAUGACACUGCAGUGCGGGUGCUGAGUGUCACCAACGCGGCCACCGGGGAGACCGAGCUGGCAGGGUCACGACGCCAUGGCCAGAGCCUCCGCACUACUGACCUGGUCUUCUUGGAGGACUCCCCCAGCUUCUGCAGGCCCUCCCGCUACUCCCCGGGCACAGGUGGCCGGACGUGUGCCAAGGACACCAGCUGUCAGAGUCUGUGCUGCGGACGCGGCUACAACACUGCUAUGCACCUCACCAGCCUGUCCUGCCACUGCCAGGUGCGCUGGUGCUGCCACGUGGAGUGUCAGACCUGUGUCAGAGAGGAGGAGGUGUACACCUGCAAAAAAGCAUAAAAAGGGGAGUGAAUUAGGCAAACCCAAAUAAUAAAGCCCCACCAAAUUAAUGUUUAGCGUAUAAUGUGAGGACUUGCAAAGGUAGAAAAAGAAAGAUUCCUUGAAUCGGUGGAGAAAGAAAUUCAAGGUGGAUCAUGUCUCUUUUUUUUCACAAGAUCGACCCCCUGCCACGCUGCCAUGGCUGAACUGUAAUCUCUUAUAGGACAUUGAGAGAUUCCACAUCUAAGCAUGUCUCAACAGAAAAGCAGUCCAUUCUGAGUUGCAUGUUACCUUGAGAAGCAGAUAUAGUUGGAAUGUUAUAAUAUCGUUGAUUCUUUGCUAAUCACCACCAAUUUGAUAUAGCAGCUUAGGUAAGGACGUUUUCAAGCCACUCUGCUUUUCUCUCGCUGGAUGCACUGAAAUCCCACACUGCUGGGAAGGAGGGAGACGGCUUCCCUCUGGGACGAGCUCUUAAAAAAAAAGGUACUGGACUGGACAGGACUGGACUGGAUGUCACCAGCGUAAUGAUGUUAACCCCGGCUGCAGGGGAGCUCUGACAGUGACUUUGUUGUGUUGUAAUUGCAUUGGUCCUUUCCACUUGACUAUUUAUUGUAUCACUCAUUACGUCUGUCAAACUGCUGCUUUGUACUUUUACGUUCUUAUAAUCAAGAGUGUUCCCAGUGAGGUUAAAAAGGGCCUUAAAAGGAAUCUGGUGCAUCUAACUGUCUGUCUUUCUGUCUGCUGUGUUUUUCUGCUGUGGAGAAGUCUUAAGGGUCCAUUUAUUUGUAUAUAAAGCACUUAUGUUGGUCAUGUUAUAUAUGGUAAAAAAAAAAAUAAAAAAAAUCCAUAAUUAAACAUAGAAAUUAGAAAGAAAACUUUUAGUUCAGUACUUAAUAAUUUCCAAACAUAUGUUUAAAAUGUCUAAAUAGUCACUGGAAGCCUUGGCAGAUUGUUGAUGCCACUAAUAUACAUUUUAACUACAUGCAUUUACAAGGCUGUUGUGUAAAGAAACAAGCUAGGUGUCAGUUGCUCUUAUGGAAAUGUCUAUGGAAAUGUCUACAUGUAGCCUGAUGUGUUCUCAGCAGAGCGAAGGGAAAUACACAGGCGAAUGUACAAAUAGUGAGGGAAACACCAAACCCUGAUUUGAAAAAAGACUACAAAAGACUGAAAAAAAAAGUUUUAUUUAUGAACCUUCUUGUUCUGUUUCUGUAUUAUAGAUGCAUGUAUCUGCAUGCACUAUGCUAUGCUUUCAUGUGUAAAAUGGCCUGACCAAACCUUUUGGUCUAAAGAGUCUAAUUUAAGAACAUCUUUGUUCUAAAAUGCCUUUGAAGUGAGCCAAUCAUGCUCCCUAUUUUCCCCCAAUUGCCAAUCAAAGAAAAUAGCAGCGUUUACUUCUUUAUCUCCUUCCAUCCCGGGCCGCUGCAUCUGGCCAUGAAUGCAGGUCAAAGGUGCAUGUUGGUCCCGAGGGGUUUAUUUUAUUGGCCACUUUAUGUUUUGGAGAGACUCUGUGCUGUAUGUGUGAUAUGGAUAUAACUCAUGUCAGGGCUCCAGGCGUUAUGACAAUGUGGAAUCGUAAUUUUCUACCUCACAUCAUCUUUGGGUAAUUAUCAUUAAGAUUUAUGAUCUUUGCAGUUAUUUUUCUUUGCAGAUACCUGUACUUUCCUUUGCCUCUGUCAUAACGUUAAAAUCAUAUUUUCGAUUUUUUUUUUGUACAAUUCUUUUCAAUUUGGUAAUAUAUAUCUCCAUAUUUCAAAAGUAUUUUUUUAAUCUUGUCACAUUGCAUUCUUAUUUAAGAAAACAAAUAAGAUGAAUAAAUGGACAUACAUUUGUAGGA